AUGAGUGCUCCACCUAAAAUUGAUGACAAAUGGAUGCAUGACAUCAGUAAAAAGAUUGCAACACUUACAAAAACAGUUUUCAGGCUUCAUGCAGAAACAGUUGAUCGAAAAGACGAAAUUAAUCAAUUAAAACAAAGAUAUGAAGACGAACUUAAUCAGGCGCAAGCACAAUCGCGGGCCGCACUUGAAGAUACUCAGUCUCAAGUUCAAAGAUAUAGAGAUAAUAUUGAUGCAACUGUAAAAGAAGCGUAUGAACAAGAAUUUUCACGCGUUAAAAAGCAAUUUGAUGAGGCAAAAGAAAAAUUAGGAGAGCAAUCUAAGAGAGUCAUCGAUUCUGCAAAUGCUAGAUUAAACGAAUUAAAGACUCAAGUUGAAGAUCUUCGUGUUAAGGCUGAAGCCCAAAUGAAAUUAUUCCACGAUGCACAGCAAGAACUUCUCAAUCUUUCAAACAAUGCAAUUUCGAAAGUUGAAGAAAAACAUAAGAAAGAAUUAGCCGAACACGUUAACGAAGCCAACAAGAAAUACAAUGCUCUUGUUAUGGCAACAGCCAAAAAAGAGGAAGAGCUUAAAGCCAAAUUCGAGCAUGAAAUCAGCGAAUUACGUAAGAAUCUUGCAAAUGGCCAAAAGUCAGCAGCCGAAGCUCUUGCAGCCCAGCAAAGAGACCUAGAAGGCCGUCUCAAAGACUUAGAAGCCGAAAAAGAGAGCAUUGUACGAGCAGUUGAAUCUCUUAAUGAUCAAAUGCUCCAACAACAGCAAGAAGCAGAGCAAUACCUACAAAAAGUUGCUGCACAGAAGGAGAAGAUUGCAACAGCCCAUAUAGAAAACAUGGACAACCUUAAGAAGAAGCUCGAACAAAGAAGAAAAGACCAUGAAGACAAAAUCACAAAAAUCAAAGACGAAAUGAAGAAAGAUGAAGAAAAACAUCAAAAGAUGAUAACAGAUCUUCGUGCACAAAUCGAAACAGAAAAGGAAGAACACAAAAAAGCACUCGAUGCUCUUGAAGAAGCAGCGAAAAAGAACUCAGCUUCCGCAGACAACAAAAAGAUGCAGUUAAUUGAAGAACACAGACAAAUCAUGGACGAAAUGAACGCAAAACAUCAAGCAUACAUGGAUGCAGCUCGUGCAAAAGAAGCUUCAUUGCAACAAGACCUCGCGAAGUUGCAAGAAGAACAUGAUGCGGAAGUUGCAAGAAUCAAAGCACAAAUUUACGAAGAACAAGUGAAACAUGAAGAAAUGUUAAGAGAUUUGAAGCAGAAACACGAUAGCGAAUUAAGUGCUUUGAAGCAGACGCAUGCAGCAGAAUUAAAGAGAAUGCAAGAUGAACUAGAAAGCUGUGAAAACGCAAGUUCUUCGAGUUUGCAGAAAUUGAUGGAAGAAAUCGAAGCAAUAAGAAAAGAAAUAGAAGAAACGAAACUCAAGAAUGAACAAGAAUUACAAAGAAGACAAAAAGAAAAAGAAGACAAUAUAAAGAGAAUAAAAGAAGAACAAGAAAAAGCAUUAAAAUAUUUAAGAGAACAACAUGCAGAUAGAAUGAAACAAUUGGAAGAAGAAACGAAACAAAGAAUAGAACAAAUGAAGAAAGAUCAUCAAGAAAAGAUGAAACAAUUAGAAGUGGAAGCUGCUGAAAGAAAAGAAAAAGAAUGUAAUGAGUUAAGAGCGAAAUUACAAAAACAAAGAGAUGAUGAAAUAGCUCAAACAAGAUUAGAAUGGGAAUCAAAGAUUAAUGACUUGAAAGAGAAAAUCGCAGCUAAAAAGAAAGCAAAAGAAGAAGCGGAAAAAUUCAUGGUCGAAGAAUCAGCGAAAAGACAAGAACAAAUUAAUCUUGUUAAACAAGAAAUUAAAGAAAUUGAAGAUAAUUGGGCCAACGAGAAACAACAAAUAACUGAAAAAUGGACAACAAAAAUACAAAAUGCUAAGAAACAACACGCUGAAAUCGAAAGACAAAAUGAAGAAGCUAAAAGACAAAAAGACAAAGAAUAUGCAAUCGCCGUAGAAAGACUGAAGAAAGAACUACAAGAAGAAGAGGAUAAAAAGAGAUUGGCAAUUGAAGAACUCCAAAAAGCAAUUGAGAACCAAAAGAAGGCAAAUGAUGAUGAAGCAGAAAAAGCGAAACAAGAAAUUGAACAUAUCAAAGAACAGAGAACUUCAGUGAUACAAGACUUGCAAAGACAAAUUGAACAAGUCAAAGAAAUCACUGAAAAGAAAUUGAAAGAAAUAGAAGACCAAAGACAAACAGAACUCGCAAAACUACAGGAACAAUUAAGUUCUGUAAAAGCUAAAGGAGAAGCGGAUUUAAAGAAACUUAAAGAUGGAUAUGAAAUCACUAAAAAGAACCAGGAACAACAACUCGAUGCUUUGAGAAGACAAAUAGAACAAGAAGAACAAGAAGCUUCAAGAAAAUUGUCAGAUAUCAAAUCCCAAAAUGACAGAUCUUUGGCCGAACUCGAAAAAGCUCAGAAAGAAGAGAUAGACAAAUUAACUGCGGACUUAGCUGCAAUACAAAAAGCAAGUGAAGACCAGAAGAAGAAACACAACGAAUUACUCGAAAAACAACAGAAAGAAUACGACCAAAAACUUGCAGCAAUGAAGUCUAAAUUUGAUUCAGAAAGAGACGCAAUUAACAAAGAAAUGGCUGAAAUCGAGGAAGAAAAGAAGAAAGUCAUAUCAGAACUCGAAGCAGAAACAAAAGUUUGGGAAGAAAAGUACAAUAACAGAGAUGCAAGACCAGAAGAUAUCGAAAAGAUCAAGCAAUUGGAAGCAGAAAUCACCAAAAAGACAAAAGAUAUCGAAAAUGUUCAAAGAGAACUCACGAAAUACCAAAAUGAAUUGAUGAAUAGAGAGAAAACAUAUAACAAAGUUUUCUCAAACAAGCCACAAUUGGCUGUUUUGAAUACUUUGGAGAGGAAAGCAAAGAGAGAUGCUUUGAUUUCAUCAUUAAGCACUUCAUCUACUACACAUUUGCCACCUUUACCUGAUCCUAUUGAUACCCCAACAAAGAGAAUGAGAAAGAAAUAA